AUGCACUCUUCACAGAUGCUUAUCCAAUGUGAUGUGUUCCAGGUGAGCUGCCUCGGGGUGGAGCCCAGCGUGGAGGGAGAUGACGGCCGCCUCGUGCUGACAUCACGCAACCCUGACGGCAGCGUGGUGCGCUUCCAGCUGCUGGCCUCUUCCCCUGAGAUCUGCAGGGCCUGGGUCAACGAUGUGGUUCAGAUCUUGGACAGCCAGCGCAACUUCCUCAAUGCCUUACAGUCACCCAUUGAGUACCAGCGACGAGAGAGCAAGUCUAAUAGCCUGGGCCGCAGCAUGAGGCCCCUGCUGUCUGCUGCCAGCGCCCUGCGGCCCCAUUCCUCCGCCUCCAUUGACCGCCAUAAGCUGCCAUCCCUUCACUCUCACAACACCUCCCUGCCCACACUCUACCUGCCCAGCCAAGGCCAGAACCAAGGACCCAUCGAGACCUACGCACUGCGGGAACCCACCCUGGUCCAGCCGUGCCCUGCUGACUCCACCACUGUUUCUCUGUCACAUGUCCAACUGGGCUUCACUGAUCAGCCAAACUGUCAAGCUGUGUCAAAUGGGAUGUACACACCCAGCACACAAAGUGCACAGCAGAGAGCAGGAGAGGGCUGCCGGAGGGGGCCGCCUGCUGAUGCUGGGAGCCAGGCUCCACUGUCGGGCCCCUCAGCCGGACGUCGCCCCAGCAACCUGGCUCAGCUUGCCGAGGACGACCUAUGAACUCUGAGGCUCUCUGUCUCCUGGGGCAGGAGGACAGCAGCUAACGCCACAACUGAGGAGACACGAAUACUUCUCCACUGUCUGUUAAUGCCAGGCUGGACCCUUACCUGGUUCGGUCAUAACUUAUGGAGGAUACUGAAGGAACCUGAGGGAACAUAUGAAGGAAUUAUGGGCUGAAACUAUGAAAUUACUUUUUUAGGGAGCCAUUUAAUGGGUAGCCUUGGUCACUUUUGAGUGUCCAUGGACAGUACCCACUACCCAGUGAUACUGGACUGGUAUGACAAUUUGUGCUUUCUACCUUUUUGAGAGAUUGAAUAUCUUCUCUCUUUCAAAGUUCAAGGGGAAUUCGUUUGAUGAAGAAAUAUCCAUUCCUAUUUGGGGCGGUCACUGGAGUUACAUGUGUGCCUGAAUGUUUGUUUAUGCAACAAUGUGUGGAUGUGUUUGUAAGCAUGAACGUGUGCAAGGAGUGGCAGUAGCUCCUAUUGUAUCUUUGGUAAAUAUCCUUCAUAAACAUGUUUUUUUCUGAUGCCCCAUUGUGAAGACAAGUACAGCCACAUUACUACAUUUUGUCAUUCCCCUGCUGACAACUGCUGUUUGUGUUGACAAGAAUAGGAAAGGCAGAACACUUGAUUUGAACACGCCAGUGGAAUUUCAUCUGAAAGUGAAGAAGUUUCUGUCUUGCUACAUAGCUGAGAGCUCCUGGGUGCUCUCUUAUUCUGUUUGACCGGCCCUCGUUUGAUCUGGACAAAAAAGGCGUGAGUGAGCCCCCUAGAGGUUCUCUGUGGGAAUGACGUCACUUCAGAAUACUUUUUCUCUCUUUGGGCAACUCCUGAGGAGUUUCGAGAUACAGUAGGUGCAUUCAAAGGGACUGCUUUGCUGACCCAAAGUGUUGCAUGAACCAUCUCUGUUGUGAUUGACUGACACAAUGCUGCUUUACACAGAUCGUUCGUUCUAGGCAGAAGUAGAGAACCUGUGAUUUUGGGGGAAAACCCACUUAAAAGUGCAUAAACUUAUAUGAAUUGUUUUAUUAGUCCACUGUUGUUAUGUCAAGGCUGUGCACCAUUUCUAUAAUCUCUGUUUAGCUUUUGCCCUCAUGGACUAAAUACUGUACAGUGCAUACCAUAAAGGAAAUCAUACAUUUCCACUUGUAAGAUGAAGAAAGACCCUGGUAUGCCAAGAAGUGUUACCGUUUCAGCUGGUUAAAAUGAAGGAUAAGAUGUUGCUGGAUAAACAGAGUGAUGCUGAUGGAUCUGCAUGCUCUUCCUCAGACAACAGUGCCAAAAAACAGUAGCUCGCCACUCAAGUAUUUCAUGCUCUUACUUAUAGUUCAGUUUGCCUGUACUCUUACAAAUCAAUCAUAGAUAUAUGUGUUACUAUCUGGAUCGUAACGCCUAAAUCACACCGAGAGAAGCAAGUAAAUGAAUGAGGCUAUUUAGUCACUAUAUAAACGUUCUUCUCUGUGGCCAGUAGAGGUCCCCACAAGGCUUUCACUUCCAGUUAGAUCAUACAGCUGCACCAAAGAUCAAGAGGCCUCAUGUUUCAGUGCUCACAAUCAAGCAAAAGCUGCUCAAUGAUCUGUCCAAAACCCAGUAAUAAACAACAUAAAAUGAACUGAAAGGUGAGAUAUGAGUGGAACCAUCUCACAAAAUACAUCUGCAGUUAAUGUAAACUGUCUGUUUCAUGGGAAUGACUGAUCAGGCAGUUUUUCUUUAAUACAAAGCAAAGCCAUUAUGGAGAACCAGAAAGACACCAACACCAGGAGAGAGUUUGUGAAUGCCAUCAUGUUUGACUGACUGUUGUAUCAUAUCAAAUAAAAAGUCUUUAUGA